GGCCAACGAAAGGAGACGCCGCCUUUUCUCCGUUCGGUGGGCGUAGCGCUUGCGCUGGUCCAGCCGCCCCCACCGCUCCGUCUGUCAAUUACCGACCAUUUUAGGCGCAGCGCCGCCUGGUUGUCCCGAGCUGGAGGCGCUUCGGCGUCCCGGUCUGGAUCGUUGAUAUCUGCUGGAAAAGAGGAGAGGUCGAGGUACCGGGAUUAGCAAAGGCCGGCAGAUAAAAAGUUUCAGGCUUUGCUUCCCUGGAAAACUUCCUAUUCUUCUGUCUAGCAAGAUGGAACUUACCCAGGUGGCAUUUGAAGAGGUUGCUGUGUAUUUCACAGAGCAGGAAUGGGCCUUGUUAGAUAUGGGUGAAAGAGCCCUCUACACGGAUGUCAUGCAGGAGAAUUUUGAACAUCUGAUAUCCCUGGGCAUCCUUCUUGCUCUGAAAGAAAGCAAAAUCACGCCUUGUCUACUUUUGGUGCCACCAUGUUCUAGCACCAUGGCUUUUCGCCAGAUCUCAUUUGAGGAGGUGGCCAUGCAUUUCUCUGAGCAAGAGUGGGCAUUGCUGAAUAUGAAUGAAAGAGCCCUCUACAAGGAUGUCAUGCAGGAAAACUAUAAGCAUAUAUUGUCCCUGGGCUUCCCAAUGGCUCAGGCUGGCAUGGCCACCCGCACGGAGCAAAGGGACGGGCUGUGGAGGUUGAAAUUUCAGGAAUUUUGGAAGAACCAGUCCUUGACAAAAUUCAUCCCAGGAGAUAUUUCUCAACCGGGAAGCCUCACCACCACACCACCUUUCGGAAGAUUGCUGGGUCAUUCACAAGUGACGGACUCCCUGGAUUCUGACCUUCAUUACAACAGAGAACUCCAAGAGGAGAAGCAGAUUGUCCAGGGCAGCUUUGCUGAAACUGUUCCCUUAAGAAAAAGCAUCCAGGCUGCAGAAUGUCCUCUGGCUGAUGUAGGAGAAAGGAAGGAUUCUUGUCCUAAAUGUGGGAAAACUUUCUGUCACAAAUCGGCACUCACUGCUCACUUGAGAAUCCACACCGGAGAAAAGCCGUAUCACUGCCAGGAGUGUGGGAAAAGCUUUAACCAGAGCUCGGCCCUCACUCAACAUCAGAGGAUUCACACUGGAGAGAAGCCCUACGGCUGUGUAAGUUGUGGCAAAAGAUUCAGUCAAAGCUCCGCUCUGACCCAGCACCAGAGGAUCCAUACUGGGGAAAGGGCCUACGCCUGCCUCGACUGUGGGAAGAGCUUCAUUUACCAGUCAGCUCUGAUUCGGCAUCGGCGAAUCCACACGGGAGAGAAGUGCUACAUGUGUCCUGAUUGUGGAAAAGGUUUCAACCAAAGCUCUAACCUGAUUACACAUCGGAAAAUCCACAAAGGUAAUGGAACAACCUACAGGAAUGACAAAAAUAAUUCUGAGCUUGAAAAUGGUGUGCAGUUAGAACCGCAUAGCAACACUUAUAGGACACUCCAGCAAGCUUGUCCUCAGAGUUCUCCCCUGGAAAAAUGCCUUUUGGACUGGAAACUUUCCAAGAGAAACCCUUCAGAUCAGGCCCAGGCAGCACCUGUGCUUAGCAUAGGAAGUUUGAUAUCUCAGAAGGACACCGUAAGAAAAGUAGGCAUUCCUAGGGUGAAACGGCCACUUAUCUGUCACGUCUGUGGGAAGAACUUCAGAUACAGCUCCCAUCUGGUCAACCACCAGCGGAUCCACACGGGAGAGAAACCCUAUCACUGCACAGACUGUGGGAAAAAUUUCAUUCAGAACUCAGCGCUUAAAAGGCACCAGAGGAGUCACCGAGGUGACAGGCCCUAUCGAUGUUCAGAUUGUGGGAAAAGCUUUAGUCGGAAUGCCCAUUUGGCCAAACACCAAGGGAUUCACACUGGGUUAAAACCUUACGAGUGUCUGGACUGUGGGAAGAAAUUCAGUGUGAAGAUGAACCUCGUGAUUCACCAGCGAAUUCACACAGGAGAGAAACCGUACACGUGCUUGGAAUGUGGGAAAAGCUUUAGCCAAAGGGCUCACUUCAUUAUCCACCGGAGAAUUCACACGGGAGAGAAGCCUUACGAAUGUCCAGAUUGUGGGAGAGCCUUCCGUGUGAGCUCACACUUGGUUACACAUCAGAAAAUCCACAUGGCAAAGACUUCUUUCAUAUGUCCUGACUGUGGGAAAAGUUUUAACGGGAGCAAGCAGUUCGUUCAGCAUAAGAGGUGUCACGCCACUGGUGAAAAAAGUCCCCUGCCAAAUUCAGGGCUAACUAUUAAGAUCCGGAGGUGCAUGACCAGGGUGGAGCGUCUUCCAAAGCUCUUCCAGCAGUCCUGGCACUUGAAAGGUUUCUCGCCGGUGUGGGUCCUCUGGUUGGAGCUGCGGCUGAAGGUUUUCCCACAGUCGGAACACUUGAAAGGGGGUUCCUGGGAAAAUUCACAAGGGAUUUCCCCAAUGGGAGAAAAACACUUGAGGUGCCCCAGUCUUGGGGAAAACCUUUUGGGCAAGUCAGAUCAUUCUGAACCUCAGCAAGUCUGCACGAGAGAUAAUCUGUAUAAAUGCCUGGAAUGUGGGAAAUGUUUCACUCACAGUAAGAACUUCAGCACCCAUCAAAGGAUCCACACCGGCGAAAAACCUUACAAAUGCCCUGAAUGUGGCAAAAGGUACGGGGCCAGCUCAACUCUGAGUAGACAUCGGAAAAUCCACAUGGAAGAAAAGCCUUACAAAUGCCCAGACUGCAACAAAAGUUUCAGUUACAAAGCAGAUCUCAUCAAGCAUCACCGUGUUCACACGGGGGAGAAACCUUAUGUGUGUGCCGAGUGUGGGAAAAGUUUUAGUCAAAGCUCCAAUUUUGUUACUCACCAGAGAAGCCACACGGGGGAGAAACCUUAUGAAUGUCCUGACUGUGGAAAAAGUUUUACUGUGAGCUCCAGCCUUAUCGAGCACCAGCGGGUCCACACAGCUGAAAAGCCAUUCUUGUGCCUGGAUUGUGGGAAAAGUUUUAAUCGCAGCUCCCAUCUCAGUGUGCACCAGAGGAUUCACACAGGAGAAAGGCCUUUUCAGUGCCCCGAUUGUGGGAAAGGCUUUACCAUUCUCUCCACUCUCAGUAAACACCAGAGAAUCCACACAGGAGAGAAACCUUAUAAGUGCCCCAAAUGUGAGCGGAGUUUUCGGGUGAGCUCCAUCCUGACUCAACAUAUUAGGACCCACACGGGAGAGAAGCCGUAUGUUUGCUCCGAGUGUGGGAGGAGCUUCAGUCAAAAAUCGCCUCUUAUUGCUUACCAGAAGCUUCACAGUCGUCAGAAAACCCGCACAUUUAUGAUCCAGCUGCUGUGUUCUUGACUGAGUCCUUGGGAUGUUAGAAAUCCAAAUCCAUUAUGCCAUGACAACCCAUGAUGAGUAGGAUAGGAAGUAGGAAAAAUACACUGUACAUAGAUUCUGAUACUAAUAAACAUUUUUUUUAAAAAAAA